AACUAAUUAAUUCCAUCAUGCCUUUAAAAUUUAUGAAUAAAAUCAGUAUUUUAUUUACGUGAAUAUUCAGAACAGAUUCAACAAUAUGGCUUUCAAGUUCGGUUUACUGGUGUUCGUCAGCGCAUACAUCUGCAGCACGCAGGCGUUGCCUUCCUGCAUUUGCUCCAAGGAAGACAUUCCCGUGUGUGGUUCCGACGGCAACAAUUACAUUAACCUUUGCUAUCUUGAGUGUGCUCAAUACACUUCAAAGAAAAUUAUCACAGUCGUCAAGCAAGGCCCUUGCGAUGAUCCCCUACCCCCAAUCCCAGACUGCUUCUGCCAUAUGAAUUACAGCCCCGUUUGCGGUACUGAUGGCAAGACAUAUGGUAACAAGUGUGCCUUGGACUGUGAGAAGAAACGCAAUCCUGGUCUGAACUUGAAACAUGACCGUCCGUGCGUCCGUUGCAUACUGAUUGGCACUUCGUUGCUUCUAGUACCACAACCAAGUACCAGUAUCAGGGCGUGCACAAGUUUCCAAGACCUAGCGGACCCUUGCGGCUGCACGCUGACCAAAGAGAAUUUUGACCCACUGUGCGGAUCUGAUGGGAAUACAUACUUAAACACAUGUUUCCUCCAUUGUCGACAGACGAUAGGAACAGGCACUCUUAGCCUGGCCUAUAGAGGAAUCUGUUCGAAAGAAAACCGGUGUACUUGUCAUGCUGAUUAUAAGCCGGUUUGUGGCACCAACGAAAUCACUUAUUCGAAUGAAUGCGUUUUGAAGUGCCACAUGAAAAAGAAUCCGUCACUCCAAUUGAAGCAUAAUGGGGAGUGUGGUGGUAACCAGAAACAACGGUAUUGGUUGAGAUCGAGAGUAACAAAGACAUGCAUUUGCAAUCCUGCCACCGGUCCCAUUUGUGCCACGAACGGUGUGUCAUAUGCCAACUACUGCGUGAUGAGAUGCAAGGCCGAGGCUAACAAUGAUAAAACCAUACAGUUCUCCUACUGGGGAAUGUGCUCCUCACAGGAGGACGGGCCUCAUGAUCAAGCCACCAGGAAGCCAUCGGUUGUCAAGAUAGCGCCGCGGCCAGAAGACGACCAGCUAAACUCGGUAUUAUCGAGGACGUGUUUUUGCGCCGCCGUUCACAAGCCUGUGUGCGGAUCCGAUCGACAGACAUAUGCCAACAUGUGUGUCCUGCACUGCCGGGCUAAGAAGAAGCCCGACAUCAGGUUCCUGCAGUGGGGGGACUGUCACGAUGUGAGGUAA